AUGCUUCUCCACGUUCCUUUGCUUUUUGGUGUAGCUUUAGGUUUUGUGUGCGCUUUUCACGAGACUGCAGUUUCUCUGUUUUUGUUGUUGUUGUUGUUUUGCUUUUGUAGUGCGGUGGCGUCGAUGCUGUGGAGUGACACGAACAACCCUCGCGAGGAUUGCGUGUUUUUGCGUGUGAAGUGCGCCUUGCGUCGUGGGGGCGGCCCAAAGUCGGUCGUUGAGGCACUGCGACAGUUCUUUGAGCUGGAGGAGGAGCAGCGGGCGCGUGGUGAGAAGGGCGUGACGCACAAGCUUUUUAUUGAUCUUCUGCGGGAUUUUGGCAUGCGGUCUCGCGAAGGGGAGACGGAGUACUUGUGCGCCGCGUUUGACGACGACCAGGACGGCUACAUCACAUCCGACAGGUUUGUGCGCCACCUCACGGGUUUGAACACUCGACGUCACAAGGCCGUCCUGCGCGCCUGGGAGGUGCUGCCGAAGAACGAACGGGGAGAAGUGUCGCGCGAUGAGCUGCACGAACGUUACGCUCUCAGCGGGACACGGGGGGAUCUCAGCGACACGUUUGCCUCCCCACCAUGCACCCAGGGGGGUGUCGAGGGCACUGCCGCUGCUUCUGCCGAGGCACAUGCGUCUGGCGGUGUGAGACUCGAGGAGU